GGUUACAAAUUGAAGGCCCAACGAUGAUGGAUUGAUGGGAGCCCUUCAUUGAGUCUCCGAGGAACCCUAGACUCCAAAUUGGUAAAUCUCUCUUUGCAAAAUCUCCGAGGAACCCAACGGCAUUGCUAAAUUUCUUUGCUGGAAUUUAAGGGCAGGGUUGCUGGUGAUGCAUUUCUUAGUGGGGUUAUCUUUAGCUUAGCUUCUGACCAAAGUCUUUUCCAGGCCUAGCAUCACUGACAACAACAAUCAUGGGUUACUUCGACCUCAACAUCCCCUACCCUGAUCCUUCCCCUGCCAACAAGCCCACUGAGCAAGGUAACCGUACGAGGCUGGCAGUGAAGGCCAUGGAGUUUGGCUACACCGGAAUCGCUUACAACCGCACGAUCAAGGGCGUCAUGUCCGAUCACCACCGUUGCUCCAUCUCUCCCCUCACCCUCUCCUCUCUCCUCAACGUCCUUCCCUCUCUCUCCCUCUCCGCCAACCUCCACCGCCUCCUACUCCAUGUCCCACUCUCCACCCCCUUCCGUCAGUACACACGUCUCACCGUCUGCGUCGAUAGUGCUUCCCAGGCUCAAGCCCUCAAUUCGGGUAACCCUAUUUUGAAAACCUAUGAUCUGGUCGCUGUUAAGCCUUUGAAUCAGAUCGCCUUUGAUCUUGCAUGUGAGAGAAUGGAGGUGGAUAUUAUCUCUAUUGAUUUCUCAGCUAAGUUGCCCUUUAGAUUGAAGCAACCUAUGGUUAAAGCUGCUACUCAGCGUGGGGUUUGUUUUGAAGUCACGUACUCUGGUUUAUUUGCUGAUAUUCAAAUAAGGAGACAGCUAAUUUCCAGUGCCAAGUUGUUGAUGGAUUGGACUCGGGGACAAAACAUUGUAUUUUCUAGUGCUGCUCCUACGGUGAAUGAGCUUAGAGGGCCCUGUGAUGUUGCAAACUUGUUGUCAUUGUUUGGGCUUUCCAAGGAGCGAGCUAAUGCGGCUAUUUCUAAAAACUGUAGGAUUCUUUUAGCUAAUUCUUUAAGGAAAAAGCGAUUUUACAAAGAGGCAAUAAGAGUAGAAGUUUUAUCAUCAGAUGCGGCAUCUCAUUCUAAGGAAGACCGGUAUCAAGAGUUACUAAAGUGGGACCCUAUCUCCAGUGGUGAAGGUGAUAUCCUGUUGGAUGAUAUGCAAAAAUCUUCUCUAUUCUCCUGUAAAGCAUCAAAACCUGCAAAAGCCAUUGACUUUGCUUCCGUGGUCAAAAGCCUUCCAUCUCAUGGUUUUGAAAUCAAGGAUAUCUUACCUGCAAAUAAUGCUUUCCCUGUCUGUGCAGACAAUAAAAUAAAUUUCCCGCCAGUUGCCGAAAAACUAAGUCAGUCAACACAUGUACCUAACAAUUUAACUGAGAAGUCCAACAUACUUGUUGUUUGUCCUGAGUAUGAUGAAAACUCCGUACCAGAUGCUAUAACAAGAGGUCAAAUUUUGAGGUGUGACAACAUUUUUGAGAAUAAUAUAUGUAGUGGAACAACUGAUGCUGUCAAUUUGAAGGAGACAAACAUUCCGGCAGCCAUUGACUCUAUUUCAGUGGCUGAGGGCCUUCCGUCCCCUGGUUUUCAUGAUAAAUGUAAUAAUGAGAAAAGUUCUGAUGUUAAUUUAAAUGAACAAAUUGGGAGGAUUUGUGAAGCUUUGCCAAAUGAAGAUUUAAAAAUUGCAGAGCAACCAGUCUUGGAGUUAAACACAUCAGUUUCUGAUAGUUCAAUGGAGGACAAACGGGAAACUGAUGCACUUGAACUUGAUGAGAUGAAAAUGGAAGAUGAUUCCACUUCUGCAAAACAUUUAUUGCCAGAUGUUAUAAUGAAAGAUAAAAGGCUUAGUGAAGUGAGCACUGAUUCUGAUCAGUUUGCCUCAGGUGGAUUGAGAGUGAAGCGAAGGACGCCUCAGGGACUACCUUUAUUCCCCUUCAGGCGAUUGCUGAAUCCAACGCCUUUUAAGAAGAAAGGUAAAACAAGCAAGAGCAGAACUAAGCUAAAGUAAUUUUUUUUCCGGAUUAUCAUUGUUACAUGGCUUAUAUGUGAGCUAAUUCUUUGUAAUGUCUAUUAAUACUAGCAUAUAAUGUUAGUAAAAUUUUAUAAUUUUAUAUAUCUUGUUAUGUAAUUUGGAAAAUUAUAUUUGAUUGUGAUGUGUUUAUAUCACAAUUCAGUAAGAAAUUCUAAAUUAGUGUCAUAAUUGCUUUAA